AUGAGUCAAGCCCAAAGCAACCAAACACGUAGUUCUUCGGCUCAUUUCUCAAAUUCAUCUCAGUCUGCUAAGUACGGAGGCUUAAUUCAGAGACCUCUUACUAAGCGUCUGAAAACCGCAUUUUUCCAUUAUAUCGCUUUCUUUGACAAUUAUCCCAUUACAAAUUCGGCAUUUCACACAAUAAUCACUAUAUUAAGAUUAUUGCAAUUCAUCGGCCCUACUUUUAUGCCACAAUCAAAAUUAUUAUGGGGUAAGGAAAACGCUAUCAAGACAACACUUUCAGUUUUCCAGUGCACAUUCUGGUACACAACAUCUGGAAUCAAUAUCUACUCUAUUGGUUUCCCAAUUCUUUUAGCAUUUACUAUUUUUGAAAUUUUAUAUCUUUUCACGUUCGCAGGUUUGGCUUGGCACUACGAGCAAACUGCUAAGACAAACAAGUACAUUGCAUACGUAAUGAACGGCUUAGGCUUAUCCGUUUUCUUCCUGAUUCAGCCCUUCUUAGAACACGUUGCAGUUGCAUGCUGCACAUUAAUGGGCAACAAAAAUAAGUCUAUCAGUGUCCCGAUCAUUGUUAUUACAUGCAUUGCUGAAAUAACAAUUCUCAUCAUGCUUGUUUUCUUAUCAACAUUCUUCAUCCGCUCAUUGAACUUCCACCCGAUUUCUUUCCUCUCACUUGAAGAAUAUCCACAGAAGAUGAUGAUGAUCUAUACUUUGAUCGUUACAAUUAUUUUAUCUUGCGUCGUAUACUUGAAUCGCUUAGCACAAAUAAUCGGCCUUUGCUUAUGCAUGGUUGUCUACGGACUUUCAAUUUCCGUAAUUUUCUUCAAGGGUACAUUUGUUGAUAUCAACACACAGAAGUUUGUUCUCGCACUCUCUUUCUGGGGUAUCUUCAACUGCAUCACAAACGUCAUCUUCCUCGCUAUCAACAAGACAGCUGGCCAAGUUGGACUCGCAAUAUUAGUUCUUUUGUGCGCACUUUCUUACAUCAUUUCCCUUUUCAUUGUACAGAGAAAGAUCACAUCUCACAUGGCCUUGCUCGACCAGUUCGAAAUGGACCACGAAGUAGGAAUAUUCAAGAGACCAUCGAAGUUAGUUAACGUUGCAUUAACUGGCUUCCUCUAUGUCCAUCCAACAUGCAUUGACUUCUCCAUUUUCAAGAGCGCUUGCGUCGAAUGGGCAAACGAUGGUGAAUUAUGGUUCGUAUUUGCCAAGUUCUGCGCUAUUUACACAGAGAAUACUCAGCUUUUGAGUAUCAUUUCACAGUCAAUCCAAAUGAACCACAUUAAGUCGCAGCUUGCCAAGUUUGCUGUAUCUCAGAUUUCCGCCAUCCAAAAGACCCGUGAAGUGAACCUUACACCAGAUCUCAAGCAGAAGAUCGAGAAGAUCUCCAAGCUCAUGAACCACUCCAAGCGUAAAAUGCGUAAUGUCUGGGAUCUCAUUCUCCAAGGCGACACGAAGGAUCUCGAGACCAACAUCAAAUCCGUAUACGUUUCCGUUGGAAAUCUUCAGAAGGAACUCGACCAACUCCUCAUGAAGUUCCCUAAUAACAGAUUUGUUGCUCGUCUCUACGCCCGUUACAUGAAUGAGAUCAUUGCUGAUCCAGCCGGAUUCAAGCAGUGGCACGACAACACACAACUCCUUCAGCGUGGUAUCAAUGUCGUUCCAGAUAACGUCCACGAACUUGGUUUAGCUGUUUUCGAGAACAUUCCAAACAAGACAGUUACAGAUCUUGUUACAACCAAGACAAUGCUCGAAACAGAUAUGUCCAUUGAAGAUUUCGCCGAUGAAGAUACGAAAGGAGGCACAAAGACACUUAUGUCAGAUCUCAUUGAUUCACAUCAUGUCAAAGGUAUCCAACUUCUUAAGAAAUUGAUCAUUGUCUCCACGAUUGUUUUCAUUUUCAUUCCAACGAUUUGUAUCAUUGCUUGCUACAAAUACACCAACACAAAGAUUGUCAGACCACUCGAUUACCUCUAUGGUAUGGCAUAUCUUAGACAACUCAAUUUCAUGCUUGCAUCCAUUUCCGUCAAGAACAUCAUUGUUAAUCUUAAGAAUGCUAAUAAUCAACCAAUAUCUGAUGAUCCAUACAUUAAAGACAUCAGUUACAAAUCAUUCGGUGGAACACAUAAUUACACACUUAUUCUCAGAUAUUUACUUAAAGAAGUUAAUGAAGUUUCCACUUAUUUGGAUUCAUUUAGAAAGGCAACAGAUCUCAGUGAUAACAUGAAGAAAGCAAAGAACAUUAUCUUCAGUGAUACAAUUCCAUUCUAUUACUUCUAUUCUAUUACAAAUUACACAUAUAAAUUACAAUCUGCUGAAAAGAUUGUUUCAUCAGUUGCUAACCAACUUUCUAAAAUUACUGAUGAUUCAUAUGUUGUAACAAACUCAUCAAUUAGUUCCACAGAUCUUUUGAUUGGCUGGAACAACUAUGUUGAACCAGGUGAUUACAUUUCUCAAGCUCUUAAAUAUGUAUUCCUUCAUCUUUCAUCAAUAACAACAAAGUAUCGUGAUAUGUUCCUUUACAUCAUGAUUGGUUAUAUCUGUCUUGUUGUUAUUGCUAUUUCUGCUUGCAUGUUCUAUGGUUUGCAUGUUCUCAAGAAGAACAAAAUUCAGUUGUUCAGAGUAUUCACUUAUCUUCCAAAGACAGUUAUUUCUAAUGUUUCCGCAUCAUUCUAUUCCAUCAAGAACAACAAAGAUAAGACAACAACGAAUACAAACACAUCAUCAUCAAAUGAAAACGCUUCUUCAAAGCCAGAAGAAGCAAUGCUCAAAGUAUUCACAUCUAUCGGUGAAUCAUCAUAUGGCGUUGAUACUUCCUACAUCUUCUUAGUUUUCGUUGCUGCUUUGAUUGUUUUCGGAUGCCUUGCUGGUUACUACGGAUGCGUCAUGUACAGAACACUUUGCUAUGAGAUGAGAAUUUCAUCACCACACAUCAACUACUUACUUGGUGCUUCAUCAUACAUGCAUGGUAUGUUUGCAACACUCAUGAAAGUUGCUAUUUACCAGGUCGGCCUCCAUGAUGUCAUAAACGACACAGAAGCACAACUUACUUUGGUUAUAAAGAUGAUUAACACUAUGAAUAACUAUUACCACUUGGCGAGAUUCGGCGGCGAAGGCGAUCUCGAUCAUCCUUAUGUUGGUAUGGCUAAAGGCAUUGAUGAAUCCUCAAAGCAGACCACAUGCAAACAGACAAAGAACAUCACUAAUGAUUUCACAGAUAUCAUUACUUGCUUCGAUUCUGAUCAACAAGUAUAUCUAUUACUUGCUUUGAUUAAAAUUACCGAAGUAAGAAAGAACAUUCCAAUUGGUGGCGACUUGAGCUCCAUUUGGAACUUAGGUCCAAUUGUUUUGUACGAAACAUUGUUCUAUCCAAUGGCAAACUCAAUUGUCGCAACAAUCAAAGAGGAUACAGGAAAGGCAUUCACAAAUUUACUCACAAAGUUAAUCAUCUUCUUAGUUUUGGUUGUCAUUGCUUUGGUUAUCAUUAUCAUCCAGAUCAACUCGAUGGAGAAACCAUUGAUUUUCGCAUUGAAGCAACUCCUUCAUUGCCCAGAAGAUGUUUGCCUUAAGAUCCCUAAGAUCAUGUCAUUACUUGCUGGUGAUUACUCCAAUGAUAAUGAUGAUUCCGCUGAUAGAGAUGAAGAGUUCUUCUCUCAUGUCGUCAACAAACUUACAGAUAUGAUUUGUGUCUCAUCAAUUUCUGAAGGCACAAUUAUUUCUGUCAACAAAUCAUUCGAGACAGCAUUCGGCAUCACUGACUCAUCAACACUCAUUGGAACACAGUUACAUGACUUCUUCAAUGACACAAGAUUCACUGGUGGCAUUGACCAGCUCUUCUCUAAGUCACAGGCCAAGGUUCAGUACAAACAAGGUGAUCAGACAAUCCAUCUCUUGUUCACUUCUGUCAACAUCGGUGGUGAAACAAUCAUCGAAGGCCGUGAUAUCUCAAUGCAGGUCAGACACGAAACAUUGAUCAGUGAUGAGAAGAAGAGAUCAGAUAUCAUGCUCGCUUCCAUCCUUCCAGCUUCUUUGGUUCCUCGUGUACAGGCUGGAGAAAGCAACAUCUCAUUCGCUGUCAAAUCUGUCACAGUUUCAUUCAUUGAUAUUGUUUCAUUCACUCCAUGGUGCGGUUCCCAUGAAGCACAGUAUGUCAUGAAGAUGCUCAACCUCAUCUUCAAGGAGUUUGACUCUCUUGUCAACUCCCUUCCAACAAUGACAAGAUGCAAAUGCAUCGGUGACUGCUACAUGUCUGCUGGUGGUAUUUUCGAUGAAGUCAACCAACCAUCAGUUCACGCAAGAGAAGUCGUCGAAUUCGGCAGACAAGCAAUCAAGAAGAUCUUGGAAAUCGACCAGCAACAUAACGAGAAGCUCCAGAUCAGAGUCGGUGUAAACACUGGUGGCCCAAUUGUCGCUGGUAUCUUAGGUACAGAUAAGCCAACAUUCGAAAUCCUUGGUCCAGCUAUCAACAUGGCUCAACAAAUGGAGCACAAUGGUGUACCAAUGAACGUGCACUUGUCAAGAGCUGUUUACGAACUUAUCUACGGUGAUAAGUUCGAGAUCAAGGAACGUGGUGAGAUAGAAACCAACCACGGUAAGGUGUUUACUUAUCUUGUUUCCCCAUGA